AUCACAUCAACAACUCACAAUAAUAAGCAAAGUUUUGGCGUCAACAGCUCAAUGAACAACUUCACAUUUCCUUCUCCAAUUUAUUAAUCUUGCCAACAAAGGUUCAUUUCUUUAAUUUUCAAGAAUUUUUAUGUAUUUUCCUAGUUAACCUGGCUUUGCGAGACGGGAUUUUUCUGGCAAUAACCGGAGGAAGUGGCUGAGCUUACAAGUGAAAUAUCUUAAUGGGUGAUGGUCCUCGAGGAAUACAAGUCAUCCCUGAUUAUUUUGCAGCAUCAACUUCUUGUUCAGGCUCUCCUUCAACUCCAAGCCAAGCAUCAUCAUCAGCCACAGAGUUGAGACCUCAGAGUCUCACAUCAUCUCGUAGAAGAUUAAAAAGCGCCAGAUCCAUGUUGAACUUGUUUAAUUUAAGGGGACGUUUGUCUUGGAAAUUAGGCGCAAAUGGUGAGGAAAAGGUUGUAUUAAGUGCUGUGGAGGUGGAAUCUCUUCGUUCAGAAAUAGCUGAUUUAGAAGAAAGAGAAUCUCACUUUAAAGCUCAAUUGGAGCAUAUAGAUGAAAUUCUGAGAUCUGCACGUCUAUCUGGCUAUCUGUACAUGCGAAUGAGAUGGGCAGCAUUACCUAGAGAACAACCUCCCAUAGAUGAUACUGAAGUUGAUGAUUGGCUUCCACGCUUCAUUGUCCUUCAUGGAUCAUGCAUCUACCUGUAUACGAAAGCCACUGAUUUAAGUCCGCAGGACUCCGCUCUCCUACCUGAUGUUAUUGAAGUUGGCCGUCUUCCUUGCUUAACACUGGAAGAUGAAGCAUCUCGAUAUUGCUUUUAUAUUUUAACCCGUCAUGGGCUGCGAUAUGAAUGCUCUAGCAAAUCCAAGAUACAAGUUGAUUCAUGGCUGGAAGCACUGCAGAUUGAUUGCAAGUUGGCACUCGAUCCUGACGAUCUGAACGAACCAAAGGUGUAACUCGGUUUAUCUUCUAUGGAUUGUCCUUGCAUAUUUCAAAACUGAAUGAUAUCACCUUGUUGUAGCCUAUUUUUAUCGUGGCUGGUAUCACUUUGUAUAAUUGUAUGUAGCUUCUUUUAUCAUGGAUCAGAGAUGGUAGACGUUUUCAUCAUGUACAUAUCCUGCUUCCUGCUUUGAUUUUUGUAUUGUUUUUACCAGGCUCAUAAUAUUUGUGAAGUUUUGCUAUACCUAAGCAUAUACAAUUCUUUUCGACUA